AUGAAACAUUAACCUGAAAAGUUUGGUUUAUCAGUUACAGGUUGUAUACAUGGUGCCUUGCUUGCUCCUGUUUGCAGCAGGAGUGGUUAAACAAACUGUGGACAAGACCCUGCAUCAGGAGACAUAGUGAUCUGCAUCACUGUAGCUACAUCUCCUGAUCAGGACCCCAUAAACCCACCUUAGAAGCACCAUCUCUUCAGGGAUUGCUGAGAUGGGGAGUGGUGUGGUGAGAGAAGAAGCAUCCAGUUUUCACACAGCAAUGAGGCAUUUUGUGACAGGGCAUCAAGUUAUCAGCAGAGGUCAAACCGUUUGUCCCCAAAUACGCGGCGGUAACUGUGGCAUGGUCAGAACCCUCAGAAGCAUGUGUCUUUCCUAGAUAUUAUACUACAUGCUACCCAUAUGUUCAGGAUCCAUCAGUGGAUAAAAACCAGGUCUAUACUCAAGAUGUGCCCUGGGAUUCUGCAUCCUCCCAUCCCCAUUAUGUAUCUCAAAAUGUUAUGGGAUGUAGUUCACUUGGGGAAUACACCAGUUCUCCUUAUACACCUGAUGCCGCACCAAAUUUAUACACAGUUAACAACUUCCAGUGUGACAACAACAGCAGUAAGAUCUUCAGCUCUUCUAGACAGGACAGAGACUAUGUCAAACAGAGUCCUGUCAUCAGGAAAGAGGCAGCAUAUCAUCCUAGGAGGCGGCCCAAGGAUUUUGAACCCAAAUUGGAGAAUAAAAGACUUGAUGGGAAUGACUCUUCUAACAAGUCAACAGAGAGUUCAUCUUAUACUGCUCUACAUGGUAGAAAUCCUAUUAAAUCAGACAGGCCAGUUAAAGCCCUGAGUGGGAAAUUAAAACAAUUUCAAAACAAUGAAUGUCUUCCAGAACCUGCCUUUGAAGUUACUCUCUCUGAUUUCCCUAAAUUGCAAAGUGCAAGAAGUCCUAAUCUGCUGGAUCUUCAGAAACAUGCAUGGGGACCAUUGGGUUCAGCUGAAGGAGAUAAAGUGCCUCGGAAACCUCCAGAGAAAACAGCAUUAUCAGCUUCGGUGACCAGAGAGGGUGAACAAUCUCUGAAAAAGAAUUUCCCAACAAAACCUUUACAUUCUUCACCUGAUCCUGGAGUUCCUCUGGUAUGUGUUGGUUUUUUGACUGAGACACCCAUGCUUUGUGCCACUGUGCCACCACAAACUCCUAAGAGGGUUGUUUCAACUCCAGCUGCAGUUUCUACCACCAACCUUUGUGGACGUAAAGGGAAACAAAGUGUUCCUGCAGACUGUAAGCCAGAACCAAAAGAGAAUGCUAGUGACAGUGAACUUGAAGAAACUGUAGAGAAGAAGAAGAAGAAAAAGAGGAAUAAAAAGAAACCGAAGCCAAACAGUGAAACAGAGAACUCUCCUAGCAAAAGCGUCAUAUAUCAAGAACCUCCAAGAAUUGAGGAUGAUGAGGAAUUUCCAGAUUUGGCAGUGGCUGCUGAUAAAAAAUACAAGCCAGGGACUCCAAAAUUCUAUUGCUCAACACCGAUGACUGGUGAACAGACUCAGGAGCCUAAGCUUGAGCUUCAAGAUGUCAGCUUUCAAAAUGAAUGGGCAACUCCAAAAUUAGGAAUAACAACUGGAAGAAAAGCAGGAAAACAAGUUACAUCUGGUUCAGUAGAAAAAAGGAAAACACAGGAGCCAUUGAAGAGCAGUGGGAAGAAAAGCCAGAUUCCUGUGCAGCUAGAUUUGGGGAAUAUGCUAGCUGCCUUGGAACAAAAGCAGCAGGCAGAAAAAGCAAAACAGUCAUCCAAGCCUGUGGUCCUUUCAGUUGGUGGAGCAGUAACAUUACCUUCAAAAGAGUCUAUGACUGCAACAAAAAACCACCAUUUAAACCAAGGGAAUUCACCACAUAACCCUUUGGACUCCAGUUCCCCUUUGGUCAAGAAGGGAAAACAGAGAGAAGUUCCUAAGGCAAAGAAGCCAACAUCACUCAAAAAGAUCAUUUUGAAGGAGAGAGAACAACGGAAGCAGCAGCAUCUCUUAGAAGAGAUGGCAGUACCCAAGGAUAGUGCUGCUCUUCAGGAUACAGAAUCUACAGCUGGAAGUCAGGCACAUUCGGAAGACACCAAAGCAGAGAAUGCAGAAGAUACUUCUAUAGAUCCUGUAAUUCUGGCUGAAGAUGAUUCACAAGUAGACCUGAAAUGUACAGAAUAUAGUAGUUCCACAGAAAAUGCCCUAGUUCCAGCACAGCUGAAUUCCAAUCUUCCCAAAAUUCACAGCCGAAGAUUCAGAGAUUACUGCACUCAAGUACUUAGUAAAGAGGUUGACAGCUGUGUAACAGAUCUCUUGAAAGAGUUGGUUCGCUUCCAAGACCGCCUAUAUCAGAAAGACCCUGUCAAGGCCAAGACAAAACGCAGACUUGUUAUGGGACUCCGAGAAGUGUUGAAACAUUUGAAACUAAAAAAGUUGAAAUGUGUCAUAAUUUCCCCAAACUGUGAAAAAAUUCAGUCAAAAGGUGGAUUGGAUGAGACUCUGCAUCUCAUCAUUGACACUGCUUGUGAACAGAAUAUCCCAUUUGUUUUUGCUCUCAAUCGCAAAGCUCUUGGGCGCUGUUUGAACAAAGCAGUGCCUGUCAGUGUGGUGGGGAUUUUCAGCUACGAUGGUGCUCAGGACUAUUUUCACAAAAUGGUGGAACUGACAAUGGAAGCAAGACAGGCCUAUAAGGAAAUGAUUUCGGCAUUAGAAAGAGAGUCAGCUGAAGAAGAAAAUGGAAGUGACUACACACAGUCAAAAACCCCUGAUAGUGAGAACAGCCCACUAGAAACUUUUGUGUUGCCUGCUCCACAAUCUGAGGAGGAUGUCCCAGAUUACAUUAAAAUCUGGAAGCAAAAGCUUGAAGAGGAGUAUAAACCUUAUAUGCUGGAGCUGGAAAAACAGUUAACUGCCGAAAUGUUGCCCAUGGGUUUUGAAGAGCCUCACAGGCAGAGUGAGUUAACACCAUGAGAAUCCAGGAUGCCUGCCAUCUGCUCUAUAACAGUUCUGUGGAUUCUGACCCCAUUUUCACUGGACAAGCUAUUGUGUUGUUAAAUCAAGAAAAUCAAAAAGUAAAGCAAAUCCUUUUCCGUUUUGUACUAA